CCUCGUUUAUCACGUCCCUAGUCCCACCCCCCUCGCAUUUCUCCCUCUGCCUCGCCUUCCUGCCCUCUUCCCAAGAAGCAGAGCCCACCGCAUUUCCACGCGGUUCCCCGUGCCUCCCCGCCUGCGCUACCCCAGUAGCCCCCCCUCUCGGCAGUUCGAUUCGCCGCCAGGACCGCGGUUCGGCGUCUGGAUCCGGCAAGCUCUCGCCGACGCGCCGCAGAUCCGAACAAAUCCCAGCCUUCCCGGUGAACUACCCCCUCCAGCCGCAGCUCUGCGAUCGCGAUCUUCGUCUCUGUUGACACUGGAGCUUUGCAUUUGUGUGUGGCUGUGCAAUCAGGUGCUCUAGGGUCAAUUUGUUUUGGGUUUCUUCUUCCCAUCGAUUCACUCGCGCUCGCACUGCCCCAGUGUGCUCACUCACUCUGGUUGCCCGGACUUCACCUCGCUGCAUCAUUAGCAUUAGAAUCGAACUCCCCGUGCGCUUGCUCUACUGUCUCUGGCCGGUGGUCACUUGCAUGCGAUUUUUGGCGUGCUAGACGCCCGGGACCAUCAGGAGCUUUGGUGUCGCUGUGGGCAUGGCGUUGCUGUGAGAAAUCUCUAGCUGGGGGGAAAGAUGUGGAAACAGUUCCUGCACAAGCUGCCUAGGAAGUCCUCUGCCUCCGGGAAGGGCGACCAUGCCGCAGGCUCUAGUCCGGGACGCAAUGAUGCCGGGAACGGGAGCGGGAUACAGCGCACGAGCAGCUGCCCGAGCGCCGGGCCUGCCCGUCCGGCGCCCGGCGUGAAGCGCAUGUCGUCCGCGGUGUUCCCGUCGAGCGUGGUGGCUGGCAUUGAGCCGCUCGUGCCGUUCAAGGAUGUCCCGAACGGGGAGAAGCCGAACCUGUUUGUCAGCAAGGUGAGCCUGUGCUGCGUUGUCUUUGAUUUCUCGGACCCCAACAAGAAUUCGGCGGAGAAGGAUUUCAAAAGGCAGGCAUUGGUGGAUCUCGUGGAUUAUGUUGAUUCUGCUAGCUCCCGCAUCACGGAGCCGAUGGUUGUUGCCUGCUGCAGAAUGUUUGCUAUCAACUUGUUCAGGGUGUUCCCUCCCAAGUGCAGGUCCAGUUCAUCUGGCGGUGGUGAGGGUGAAGAGGAGGAGCCAAUGUUUGACCCUGCAUGGCCCCAUCUGCAUCUUGUGUAUGAUCUCCUACUGAAAUUUAUUGGCUCCUCAUCUCUGGAUGCAAAGGUAGGAAAGAAAUAUUUUGACCACACAUUCAUCGUAAAGUUGCUUGAGCUCUUCGAUUCUGAGGACCCAAGGGAAAGGGACUGCUUGAAAACAAUAUUGCAUCGAAUCUAUGGAAAAUUCAUGGUGCACCGUCCUUUCAUCCGCAAAGCAGUGAGCAAUAUAUUCUACCAUUUUGUGUUUGAGACUGAUCGCCAUAAUGGUAUUGCUGAACUGUUGGAGGUUUUUGGCAGUGUUAUUAGUGGGUUUGCAUUGCCUCUGAAGGAGGAACACAAAAUCUUUCUUUGGAGGGUACUAAUUCCUUUACACAAGCCAAAAACAGUCGGUGUGUAUCUGCAGCAGCUAACCUACUGUGUGACCCAGUUUGUAGAGAAGGAGCCAAAGCUUGCAAGUUCGGUGAUACUUGGCUUGCUCAGAUACUGGCCAAUAACAAAUAGUCAGAAAGAGGUAAUGUUUCUGAGUGAGAUUGAAGAGGUCCUGGAGGCAACCAACAUGGUCGAAUUCCAGAAAUGCAUGGUUCCAUUGUUCCGACGAAUUGCUCACUGCAUCAAUAAUUCCCACUUCCAGGUUGCAGAGCGAGCACUCUUCAUGUGGAACAAUGACCACAUCGUCAGCUUGGUCGCACAAAACCGGCAAAUGAUCGUGCCCAUUGUCACCCCAGCAUUGGAAGAGAAUAUCCAGAACCACUGGAACGUAUCGGUCCUAAACCUGACAGCCAAUGUGAAGAAGAUGUUGUCAGAGAUGGACGAGGAGCUCUUUUCCACCUGCCUUGCCAGGCAUAAGGAAGACGGAGAGAGGCAGGCGUUGCUGGAACAGAAGCGAAGGCUAGCAUGGGAGUGGCUAGAGUCCGUGGCGGCGUUCCAGCCAGUGACCGGCAACACGGCCGUCCUGGUGAGCCGCUAGGCAUCAGGUGUCGGAGGGACGCUGCAACUCCUUCCUCCUGUGUUAGCUUGGUGAAAACGGUCCUAUUGCUGAACAGAACAGCACUUUGUUUAGUUUUCGUAGAAGUAGAAAUAUACCAUGUUUUAAGCUGUAACUAUUCGUCAUGGGAUCUCUCUGUCUCUCUGAUAGGAUAAAAGGCAUCAUGCAUGCCUGUUUCAUGCUCCUGCCUGUGUUAUGAGCAGCGUCAUUCAGCUUUGUUCUUCUCGCUUC